AUGAACCCCUUUACCGAUGACCCUACCCAUUUACCGACGGUUGUAUUCCCUAAUCCAGUGUUCGGCUCGUUAUUCAACUACAGGGAUGCAAUCGCUCUCCUCGGUCAUCCAUCUCCUGGGUCUGGUGUUUUGGUCUUGGGCACAGGACUUUCCAAAGAUGAGAUGAGCUGCUCGUUAGGCAUCUACGCAUGCAUCGCCCUCUAUGUCCUUAGCAAAAUUCUGACGUAUGGGUUUCUCAUUGAAAAGGUUCAUGUCGUCUGGGGUGGAGCACAUCAACCUCGUCUAAAGUCGCCUGUUUAUCGUAUCUGCUUAAUUACAGUUACACCGUACGCUGUGGUCAUCGUCCUCAUGUUACUCGGGAGAAUUUUUUACUUAAGAGCGGACGGUGCAUGUGUAAUUGGACUUCAACGCUUAGCUUCACUCACGCUUCUCAUUUACGAUCUUUAUAUUAAUAUCUUCCUGACUGGGUUGUUCAUAUGGCCGCUUGCCCGAAGCAAACUCAUCAAUCCGAGACUCAAAUCAGUCGCGGUUCGCACUCUUGUUGCCGCGUUCGCAGCUCUAACUACUUCAACCCUGAACAUUGCGAUUCUGACUGUCAUGGAUGGACGCCAACUUGGCUGGGUAUGUCUGGGCAGUUGCGGAACAGACGUCACGAUCAACGCAAUUGUCCUAUUCUGGGUGACAUCCCCCACUUCUGGAACAAGCUUGACGUAUUCCGGCCCCCACCCCACAAACGGAAGUUCACUCGGCCAGGAUGGUAAUCAGGGUGCUACAGUCACCGGCCGCCGCGCUUCAGCCGCUCUCGUACUUUCAUCUGCUCCCCGCUCUCCUAUUACCCCCAAUACACCAAACUUUCAAGAAAAGGGUCACGACUCCGGGUUACUUAGCCCCUCUAUUUGGCGAUCUACGUUUGGUGGCACAAGCAAGAACCAGCAGCCCACCAAUCAUUUCCAAGAUCGCGGACAACAAAUGGAAAUGUCGCCUAGGACGCCUUCACCCAGGCGCGAAGUCUGGGAUGACAGACCAAGCUCAAUUGUAACAGUCGACGACAUCGAGGCAAACGCAUCUGGACCCGGGUUUGUAACUAUUGGUUUGCCCCCACCGAGCAAGAAGCGUGAUGCAGGACGAACUCGGGCCGGGCACGGCGUGCAUUCAUCCCAACAUAGUGGUAACCGAAACUCAAUAUUCGGUCGUAUAUUCGCUUCCUCAGAGUCACGGAAGGAAAUGGAGGUCACAGUAACGAUUACCACCCAACUCGACAACGAAGACGAACUGGAUGGUUCUGUCAGAAAGAGUAUCGGGGACGCGAGUACGGCUGGAGGUAGCGCGAUACAUGAGUCUGAAACCAUCCAUUCCACUUUUGCACGCAAAUCUCACGGCGAUACUGGGGUUGUCCCAGUUAAUGCUGAAACUAGCAUUGGAGCCAAUAUUUCGACUGGCGAACAACAUUCCAGUGACAUUUUCAGUCUAUCUGAUCAACAGUUGAGUGAUAAAAUGAAGUUUGUUAAAGAGGUCGGCUUCGGUAAUUGGGGCUCUGUUUGGCUCUGUGAGCCUCGCUUGGCAGAAGAACGAGCUGUGUAUGGGUCCCAAAUUGCCGUGAAGCUUGUUCAUCGCUCCAAAACGCCGACUACGGCAGCUCGCGUACGAUCUCUCUGGAACGAAAUGAAGAUCGUUCGUGCCCUUCGGCGAGAGGCCUCUGCAUCCGGUUCUUCUCAGGAUGCUGUGGGAGUUGGCCAUCCGAAUGUUAUUCAGUUUUAUUCGUUCAUCAUCACUCCGAGCUACGCGCUCAUCACCAUGCAAUACCUUCCGAUCCCGGUUCCCGUUGAAGUUCCCGAGUUCCGGGCGAAGCCUUGGUUCCUUGCCCUCACGGAUGCUGUUUCUUUCUUGCACCAGCGGGGUGUUGUCCACAAUGAUAUUAAACCCGCGAACAUCAUCCUCACAGGCGGUCCGUCUCCAAUGCCGGUUCUUGUUGACUUUGGCUUCGCCGAACACUACACCCUGACCUCGCGUCAUGCGUUUCAGUCGAACCUCGCAUACGGGACCCCAGAGUACCUCGCCCCCGAGCGUGCCAAAGGACAGCCCCAUGACACCCGCAAAUCUGACGUAUAUGCGCUUGGAAUUACCUUCUUUGAAAUCUUGGUUGGUCGUACGCCAUUUGAGGAGGUCGAGGGAGAGAGUUUUGUGAGCAAGGAGGACCUCGAGCGUUAUUGGACAAGAACCGUCAAGGGGAAAUGGAUCGGGAAGUGGGAGGGCAUCAUGAGCAAGCCAUGUGAAAAGGCCUUGAAACGGAUGGUCCUUCCCAAUGCGGACCUUCGAGCCACCGCUCUAGACGUCUUGGCAGAUCCCUACUUCAAGGGAGAAGACGAAACGAGCCGUUCUAAUCUCUCGGUCGACCUCUCGGUUCUGUCAGAUAUAAUUCCCCCUUGGUCUAGGCAGACUCUCGCUCAGUCCAGGUCUAAAGCUAAAGUUCAAGCGAGUAUCAAGAGCAAACAGCCUACUGUCACCAAACGUCCAAUCCUUGGUAUCAAGGCGGCCACCACCAAGGCAGCUCCUACUGCCGACAAGGGUAACGUUCCGGCCCGCUCUGAAACUGUCAAAUCACGCACUGGGACCUUGCACCGUACUUCCAAAUCUAUUACAGAGGCAUUCCGCAAAAGCGUUGGCACUUCCAAGAAGGCUCCCAGGAAGACUGCACUGGAGGUGUUCGAAAUUGUAACUCCAGGGAACGCCGCUCCAGAAAAUCCCCCAUCUAUCAAGCCAAAGGAAUCGGUCUCUCUUCUCAAAAAGAAGAACUCGGGCGCCGUCCUCAAGGAUAAGAACUCCAAGGUGCUCAAGGAACAAGGCUCUACCAACAUCUUGCGCGAGAAAGCCCUAAAGACCAGGGAGUCAGUCAAUGCCUUGAAAGAGAAAAAGUCAGCAGUUGCCCCCAAGGAGAAUCGUAGCGCUACGUUUGCAUUGGCACCCAAGAAAAAGGAACCCGUGCAGGACAAGGAAAACGUCAAACCCAAGGUUCAUGGCAAGACCUUCUCUAUGACUAUGUCGUUCUCGCGCUCCUUUGGCCGCAAGCAGGGUAAAGACAAGGAGAAUGAAAUUUCUGAGCAGCCGAUAGAGAAGCGUCCCUCGAUGUAUUUCUCUCGAAAAUCUGAAAGCCCAGCCACGCCCACAGACUCUUCCGCUAUCGCCGAGACCCCUAGUGCAGCUGUCGUAAGCACAGCAGCAUCACGGGAGAACGCCCCGGCUCCGUACAACCCCCGCGAUGUGAGAUCAGUGUUCAAUAUCACUGCAGAGCCAUCAACUCCCACCAAUGCGAGCAACCCCUUCAAUUUCACCACUACAGACGGAUCUUGUCGCAUCAAGAAUUCAUCAACAGCGUCUCGUUCCAUCGUGUUUUCCACCGAGGCCGAAGUCUCUAGUGCACCUCAAGCGGCUAGUACGCCGGUCAAUUCUGGUUCGGUCCGUAGCCGGCAAGCUCUCUUCGACCGUACCCAUGCACUGGAAACGCCCGAACGUACUCCUGUCACCCCAGCGAGGUAUGGUGUUGCGUCCAAGUCUCUUGUCAAGAGCAACCCUCGUCUGUCUACAGUUGCACAAUCUCCCGCCAGUUCAACCAAGUCUCCCAGCCCCGUUGCCAAUAAGGCUCGUGUAUCAAAGAUUGCUGCGAAAGAGAACCGGCGUACAAGCGUUGUGGCUCGAACGUCUCCGGUUACGCCACGCGGCACUCCUGUGAAAACAAAGCCUUCCCCUAGUCGAGUUCGUGCAUCACCCGCCAAAGCUGCCGCAUCUUCCGCUCGGAUUCGCAAUGUCAAAGCGCCUGUGUUUACAAUUGGUCCCAAGACGAACGCAAACCCCAAGGUCCCAGCCAAAAAGGCACCAACCAAAGUCCUAGGAGAUGCUACAAAUACGAAAGGGUCCUCAAAUGUGAAACCGAGCCAAAAGGCAAAGAAAGUGGAGGACAAAAGGGCGGAGGCCCACGAGGAUGAGGGGGAUGACACUAUCACGUUGCCCGUGGAAGUCAUCCGCAGCCCUUGUCUCUCUCGCAUGUCCAAAAGCUCAAAUACGAGUAUCAUCAAACAGAGUAUCCUUCAGUCAAUUGAUAAAGCUGUUCGUUUUGGGCGGUCAUCAGCCGGUGCAACCGAGGUACUUCGGUCUGUAACACCCGAGGUUGUCGGGCGGAGGCGAUCGUUGUCCAUCGAUGAAGCACUCAGCCAUCAGCACGAUGAGUCUAUGUCAGAGAAUAAAGAGAAUCAACUGGCGGAUUGGAUACGAGGAAUUGAAAAGGUAGUAGAAGAUGCACGUCAAUCUUUCCAAGUUGGGGAUCCCACUCCGCUUGCGCUCCCUCCACCACCGCCUCGCCUGAACCAUAGCCAAUCCGCUGGGCUCACUCGCAUCAGCACUUCAGCCAAGGACCCUACAAUUCGAACUAUCGUAUCUAACGUGAACCCAAGCGUCACAACCUUCGCCGCGGCACCUCAAACUCACGCGCUUAAUCGGCGAGCGACCGUAAGCUCUAGCAUUCCAACUCCCCCGAGUACGGCCUCAAGCACGAGCUUCAAUACUCCGGUCGCGCCACAAGGUCGUCUCUCUAGGCCAAUUACACCCUGUCUGAAUGCUGAGUUGGGGAAAGAACCAACAACACUAACUUCGCCUCGUCUCUGCGACGUCAUCGAUGCUGACUCGCGUAGACUUAUCCUGGGUCAAGUGCCCAUAUCUGAGUCUGCUUCUCAUUCAAGAUCUACUAGUUACGAAAGUAACUCUGGGAGAGUUACCCUAUCAUCCGAUGCUCAAAGGACUCGCUUCUUCCAAACCCCAUCUCCUUCCCAUAGUCGCACGCAUUCUAGGAUGACCUCGACUAACUCGGCCAUUUCACGACCGGCCACUGCAAUGUCUGGGAAAAUAUCGGCCCAGGAUGUCGAAGUUGAAACAACUGAACAGGUUUACGAAAACUUCUUGAAGACUCAGUCGACAGUGAUACGCAAGGGCAAAGGUUACCAAUCCGACUACACUAUUCGUGGAAAAGGCAUUGAGCACAUCGCACCCGGGUCCGACACAGAAUCCGAGGCUAAACAAGGCUUCUUCGUUCGUGUCGCCUCACCAACCAACCUAGUUCCCGAACGAGCAUUCCGUGCAUUCAAAACGAUGAUGUCAGGAGGGCCAAAGAGGGGAGAACCCAUCCCAUCCGCAAACUCUGUGUUUGUGGGAGGCGGAUUUGGUCCCGGAAGUGAGGCCUCGCGCUCCAAACCAGCUGCAUCGUACUCUCGAUCUUGGUCUCGCGCACAAGUUGCAUAA